AUGCUGCUUUGUUUUUUUCCACAAUCAUUACAUUUAUCAAAAGUUGAUGACAUGAUUGGUCGAUUAUGCAAACCCAGUGCAGAACAAUGGACAUGUAAUGGACCAACAAAAGUUGUUCUUAAAAAACUUCACAAUUCACAACUGAUAAGUAAAGAAUAUCUUAAUCAACUUUAUGAAUUUCACCGGGUUUUACAUUUUGGAAGUAUCGCAAAUUUUUUUGGAAUAACCAAAGAUCCUUCCUCAAAUUACAUGUUUGUUAUGAGAUAUUAUGAGAAUGGAGAUUUGCAUUCAUACCUUGAUGAAGCACAAGGAAUGCUUUGUUGGAGAGAUAUAGUUGAAAUGCUUUGGGGAAUAUCCGGAGGAAUUGAAUAUAUCCAUGAAAAUGAGUUAAUUCAUGGAAAUAUUCAUGGAGGUAAUCUACUGGUUGAAAAUGAAUUAGAUUCAAUUGAUAUUCGUAUUUCUGAUGUAGGAUUACAUUGUUUAAUUGACAUGAAAAAUUCCAAUGGUUUUUAUGGAGUUCUUCCUUAUAUAGCUCCUGAGAUUUUAAAAGGAGGGUUAGCAACAAAAGCUUCAGAUAUUUACAGCUUUGGAAUUAUUAUGUGGACACUUUCUGCAGGUAUUCGUCCAUUUUGCAAUAGACCACAUGACAUUAAAUUAGCCACUGAAAUUUACCUUGGUCAUCGUCCUGAAAUUAUUGAUGGAACUCCAAAUGUUUAUAUUCAGUUGAUGUCACAAUGUUGGCAUUCUGAUCAUUUGAAACGUCCAACUGCAUCUCAAUUAUAUGAAUUACUUGGAAAUUGGGUUAAUACUAUUUGCGAUGAACCUCAACAAUCCGAAUUGUCGGUUCAAUUUGAUAUCGCAGAGGAGAAAAGAUUUUCAGAUUUAAAAAAAACCAUUUUUCACCAAGAUAUUCAUCCAAAUGCAUUUUAUACAAGCAGGCUCUUGUAUUUUCCCGAAUUAAUUGAUUCUACUAGAGAUGAAUAG